AUGGCGAAGGCUAUUCCCUGGCGUUCCUGGAUUUUCACUCCCGGAGAUCACGGAAAUUAUCAGCCAGCCUAUGUACGUCUCCGCUCUCUUGGGCACCCCGGGGGUGCGUUGGUCGGGGAGGUCUUCACAGGUUCUACCUCGGCACAAAGUCAAGGUUUCGAUCCCCUGGUGGUGCCUACCCUGGUGGAUCGGCUGAAGAGAAAGGUGGUGGUGGAUUCCAAGGUCAUCUGUGAGUACAUUGAGAACGAGAUUCCAAGCCCCGUUCUGAUGCCUCCAGCUCAUCGGGAGCUCAUCAAGAAACAUCUGACGCUGGUGGAUGAGACUCCCCACAUGGGCAUGCUCUAUGGCUUGCACCUGUCGGACAUGCUUCAGGACAAGCUGGUCGUGGCUUUCGCCAAGUUGAUCAGCACUGCACAUGCAGGACAGAUCAAAAGCGUGGAGGCUUACCUGGCAGAUAGCUCUUUGCCCUCUGAUCUGCGACCGCUCUACGAAGCCAAGAAAAAGAAGACAGAACUGGCACAGAGUCGCGUGGGGAAGUCGGGCGGAACAAAGGAGGGCUACAAGGAAAUGCUGAACAAGGCGCAUCUUCGGCUAAAACGUUGGCAUUUCAUCGGUGGUUUCGUUGACGUGUUUGGUCUUCAGGUGGCAACUUUCCUGUCAGAGCUGGAGAGUGACUUGAAGGCAACAGGUGGUCCUUUCAUUUGUGGCGCGGAGUGUACCAUGGCGGAUCUGGUCUGGCACACCUCCCUGUUACGGCUCUAUGAGCUCGGUUUCGAUGGCUUGUUUUCGGAGGAGAAGUUGCCCAAAGUGCACCAGUAUGCCAUGCGCAUCCUUCGCCAUGAGGGCUUUGCCCAGGCCACCUACCUGUGGCCGUACAAGCCGGUGACACGCAACUUGCGACGGCUAAUGGCGGAGAAGAAACCUGUGCAGGUGGGGAAGAUCGAGAGGGUUUGUAUUAGGUGA